AUGGUCCUCGAGAUAUUUAAUCCAUGGUACCGUCCAAAAGAUGACUUCGAACCCCUGUCUUUUGCCUCGCUGUUCCUCCACGCUCCUGUGAAGCUCCUCCUAUAUCAUGCAUACUACCUCAUGACCUUUCUCCGCUCUACGCCUCAGCCUGCGCAACCGUCGAUUCGGGUCGUGUGUAUUUCGGAUACGCAUAACAAUAUCCUCGAUGAUGUUCCUCUGGGCGACCUCCUCAUCCACGCCGGAGACUUGACGAAUGGAGGGAGUGUCGCAGAGUUACAGAAACAGAUUGACUGGUUAGACUCGCUGCCGCACAAACAAAUCGUGGUGAUUGGCGGGAACCAUGAUACCUAUCUGGAUACUCGUACAAGGCCCUCCUUGAGUGCAGUGCAGAAGAGAAGGAAUCUUGACUGGAAGCGCAUACACUACUUGCAACACCGGAGACUCAGUCUGACGAUUGAUGUCAAGCCGCCGCACAGCAGUGAAGCAAGCGCAACGUCACCACUAUUGGCAGAAGAUCGAAGACGAAGACGGAUACGGGUGUACGGCGCACCGCAGAUUCCUGCGUGUGGCCCCAUGGAUGUUCACGCGUUUCAAUACCCUCGAGGUCAGGACGCAUGGUCAGGCACGGUCCCUGAAGAUAUAGACAUUCUAGUUACACAUACUCCACCAAAGCACCAUCUGGAUCUUUCUUUGUCACAGGGUCUGGGCUGCGAACAUCUUCUAGGUGAGGUGACAAGAAUUAAACCUACGCUCCACGUCUUUGGUCAUGUGCAUUGGGGGGCUGGAAAAACUGUAGUCUGGUGGGACAAAGCGCACGAUGCCUAUGUGCGAGGGUUGUCAAUCAAGUCCAAAUGGACAAAUGGUAUUUUCAACCUGCGCCUAUGGUGGAACGUAGCUAGAGUGCUAUACCGCGGCACGCGAGAGCUCCUAUGGGAUCGUGUGUGGGGUGGGCAAAGCGCCAAUACCAUCAUGGUGAAUGCAGCCCAGACGCAUGGAAAUACGGGAAAAUUAGGCAAUCCUGUCCAAGUUGUCGACAUAUAA